UUGGAUCACUCUGGAUGUUCUGUCUAAAUGCAGCUGACUUCACACUGCUAGCUCAACCUGCUGUCGGAGAGGAAAAGGAGACAGAAAAGUUAAAAUGCAGCCUCAGAAGAAGCUGAUAAACUCGGUGGACUCCUGUGUGGAUGAAGCUCUCUGGGGUCUGGUUCGGGCCUCUGGGGGCCUCAGUCUUCUGACGGGCCACAGAGUCGUGGUUCGCUCAGACCUCCAGAGCCUGAAGGGGAAGGUGGCCCUGCUGUCUGGAGGAGGGUCCGGACACGAGCCGGCACACGGAGGUUACAUCGGUGCUGGGAUGCUGUCAGCAGCUGUAGCAGGAGGAGUGUUUGCGUCGCCGCCUCCUACCAGCAUCCUGGCAGCCAUCUUGUCUCUACACAACGCAGGAGCCUCUGGGGUCCUUCUGAUCGUGAAGAACUACACCGGCGACCGACUCAACUUCGGCUUGGCAGCAGAACAGGCCCGUAACCAUGGCGUCGCUGUGGACAUGGUGAUAGUCGCCGAGGACUGUGCCUUCGACCGACCCAGUAAAGCCGGAAGACGAGGCCUGUGUGGAACCGUCUUCAUCCACAAGCUGGCAGGCGCCCUGGCAGAAGAAGGCAGCUCAUUGGCCCAGAUCGUCUCCACGGUGACGGAGGUUUUGAAGGGGAUUGGGACUCUGGGGGUCAGUCUGUCUCCCUGCAGCGUUCCAGGAUGUCUGCCUUCAUUCGAGCUGCUGCCUGGAGACAUGGAGCUGGGACUGGGGAUCCACGGUGAACCUGGGAUCAAGAGGUCAAAGGUGUCUUCUGCAGAUGAAGUGGUGAGGACCAUGAUCGAGCACAUGACCAACCCCGACAGCCAAUCACAUCUGCCGCUGCAGUCAGGAGACACCGUGGUUCUGUGUGUGAACAACCUGGGAGCUCUGUCCUGUCUGGAGAUGUCCGUGGUCACCAGAGCCGCCAUCAGCUGUCUGGAGGACCGUGGCGUGGUGGUUGCCAGGGCGAUGUCCGGUUCGUUCAUGACGUCGCUGGAGAUGGCGGGCGUGUCGCUGACGCUGAUGAAGGCCGACCAGGAAGUGCUGAGACUGUUUGAUGCUCGGACUAGCGCCCCCGCCUGGCCGAACCUCAGCAGCAUCAGUGUUAGUGGACGAAGCUGCGUCACAGAAGCUCCGGUCAUGAGCACCAAACCACAGGAUGACACCCAGAAUGAAGGCCCGCUGAGUCCUGUGAUGCGUAAAGCGCUGGAGAAGAUUUGUUCCACGCUGUUGGAGAAGCAGGAGGAGCUGAACUCUUUGGACCGUGCUGCUGGGGAUGGAGAUUGUGGUAACACUCAUGCUCAGGCAGCCAGAGCCAUUCAGGAGUGGCUGCAGGGUCAUGUGGUCCCUGGUUGCCCGGGGCGACUGCUGUCUGCGCUCGCCGGAUUGGUGGAGGAGAAGAUGGGCGGGUCUUCAGGAGCGCUGUACAGUCUGUUCCUCACCGCCGCCGCCGGUCACAUGACCGAGGGGCGGAGCAACGCUGCAGCCUGGGCCGCCGCAAUGCAUGCUGGGACACAGGCCAUGAGAAGGUAUGGAGGAGCUGAUCCUGGAGACAGAACGAUGCUGGAUGCUUUAUGUCCUGCAGUGGAUGAACUGAUGAAGCUGAAAACGGCGCCCCCUGCUGAACAUAUGGCUGUACUGCAGAAAGCUGUGCAGAGAGCGGUCUCGGGGGCGGAGUCGACCCGUGACCUCACAGCCAGGGCGGGCCGAGCCAGCUACAUCUCAGCCGACCGGGUCACCCUGCCGGACCCCGGCGCCGUGGCCGUGGCCGCCAUCUUUACCGCCGUCAUGGAGACACUGCAGACAGGAAAUUAGACCAACAGAACCAGAACCACAGGAUCAGUUAGAAAGCUGGAACUACAAACAACUAACAAAGUCCUGUACUGGACAGAAAGCAGUAUUUUGGAUGGAAUAAAUCUUUAAAACUCUAAAUAUUUGGACAGAAGGUAGAAUUUUGCUUAGAAUAAACCUAUAAAACUAUAAAUACUUAGACAGAAAGUGGCAUUUUGGAUGGAAAACCCCUUUAAAUUGAUGAAUAAUUGAACCUAAAGUAGUAUUUUGGGUGGAAAAAACCUUUAAAACCAUUAAUACUGUGAAUAAAACAUUCCUAGUAUGAAUUUAAACCUUUGCUUCAUUAAAUAAAGUUCUUGUAGAUGAAGAACCAGCUGGUUCUGAGGAGAACUUUGGUCAGAUUUAAUAGAUUUUUUACAGAAUGAUUCCAUGUUUAUUCUAAAGAUGAACACGUUGUGAUUAAAUGCUGCUACUGUUUGUUCUGACUGAUCAUUGAUGAUAUAUAUUUAGUAGUUUAGUGAUGCUGUAACACUCUGGAUCCUUUUAAUAAAAACAGUUACUCUGAUAAAGCGUCUCUUCCUGUUUAAAUAAAGGCUUACAUGUUUAAAACCA